AUGCUUCUCUCCGCCUACCUCACCGUACCUAUCCUUCUGAUCGCUCAGGCAUCAGUCGGCAGCGCCAUCAACAUUGACUUCACCGUGUGGAAGAACGGCCAUGCCUGCCAGGGCAAGGAAAGCCUGAGCGGCCGUGUUGGAUACGGUAGCUGCAUCACCGUUGGUGCAGAUGCACUGCCAGCUUGGGACUCUUUUAGGUCUGGGGGUCUUUCUGGCGGUGGCUUCAUCCCUGACCCUGCAGAAUUUCUCUUCUAUGAGAAGGCUAAUUGCAAGGGCAAACUUCGGGAUCGUCAUCCCAAAUACUACGAUGCGGCGACUCAGUGCAUUGGAGUUGAGUUCCGCAGUUUCGAGAUCCUGUGA